AUGUCACGUCAUGAUCGUCAUCGGGAAAGGUCGAACGUUGAUUAUCCGGCCAAAGUUUAAAAACUUUGUUAUCUUUAAUAAUUCCCCCCUUUUAGACUAGAGACGACCGCAAGUUUAGUUCAAGUUCCAAACCAAGCCGAUCAACAGGUAGAAAUGGAAAUUCUUCGCAUCUUCAAUCGAGAAGCGAUAAAACUCGUCGUGAAGUUAAAGUUCGACAGAAUAUUUGAGUUUUCAAUAUUGAUUUGGGCUUUCAGCCGGAAAGGAGUUCCCACACUUCUUCUUCCAGUUUGCCGAGUUACAGCGAUAAACGAGUAGACGCGCCUUCUCUGAAUCCGAGCGGCUAUAAUUAUCUUGAAGAUGGGUGGUUAGUUUAUCAGAAAAAUUAAAAAAUAAAAGAAGUUCUCUCAAAUUCCAGGUGGAAACGCUACCAAGUUCCCGAGCCGAAAAGCUAUCAAAUGAGCGGUUCUUCUUCAUCUUUCGGAGCUUUUGGCCAUCACAGAACUUCCCAUAGCUCUUCCGAUUUGGGCCGUUCGUUUUCUAAGCUGUUUAUUUAAAAAAGAGAAAAAAUUGCAGUUCCACCUCCUCUUAUGAGCUUUGAUUAUUCUGUGAGGGAAAGUGUGGACCGGAAAAUGGCGCGAAUUCAACAGGAAUUGGAACUUUUGGAUCGAGCCGAGAAAGAGGUUUCUGUUUUUUUUUUCGAACAGUUUUAAGGUUUUGAGUGGUCGAGUAAAAUCAUGAAAAAAUCUUUGUUUCUAAUAAGAGCCUGAAUAUUCAUGUUACUCAAAAUUUAAAGAAGCGUUCUGUCCCUGUUUAUACUGUUUAUUAUAAGUUUUAUUCUAACAAACUCCGAUUUUUUGAUUGUACAGCGUUUGAUGGUUUUUUAAUUAAAUUAAUUUUUGUGUGCUAAGAAAAAGUUAAAAAAAAGUCUUUCUCCCUGCAAAACUCAUUUUAUUUUUGUGUAGAAGUUUGCUGUCUCGUGUCAGUAUUUGUUUCUUGAAUUUCAGUUUUUGAUUCAGUUUUGAAACCGUGAAUCGAUUUUUCAGAGCAUAUAAUUAUAUUAUUACUUAUUUUUGUUCAGUGUAGAUUUCUUCACUUUCUUUUUAUUUUUCAGCUUUUAAAUUUAAUUUUUCUUUCAAUUUUUUUUUGCUUUGAGUAACUGAGAACGUUUGAAGGUGUUUCGCUUUUUUUUUUUUCUUAAAAUGAACCCUUAGAAAAACUCUUAAAUGAGUCCUUAAGGGCUCAAACUUCCAUUUGAGCUUGUUUUGGUGAUUUCCGCGCGGGCUUGUCACUUUUUAAAAAAAUUGGGAUUAACUACAGUAUCCAGAGCAUUUUUCGCACGCUUCGCUUCAAGACCUGAUUCAGAAGUUCACGGUUUUAUCAUUUCAGAAGAAAAACUUGACAAGCUGGCGCAGAAUUGGCUAUAUCUGAACUUUUGUUUGAAUAAUUUGGUUUCGAAAAGUUGAAUAUGAUCUAAAACCCUUGAAAAAAGUCACUCUAUGUGUGAAUUGAAAAAAUUUAAAGUAUAUAUACUUGAAAAAAAGUGUUUCUGUGUUUUGAGUAUUGCGGAGAGAGUCGAAAUUAUCUAUGACUUUUCAGAAUUUAAAUAUUCUUCGCUUUCUCUAUUUUCUAAUGCUCGGAAUUACUUUAAGUUCGAGUUUCGAGAUUUUCCAAAAACUAUAAGUUUGAAGCUGAACCAUGGGAAACCUCAAAUUUUCGCAGAUUCGAUCUCGGAACUACGACGAAAUAACUGCAAAAGAAAGAGAGUUCCGGGAAAGGGAACUCCGGCUUCUGGAACUCGAGAAACGGCUGGACGACCGGGAACGCGACCUCCGUUCCGUUGGAUCCAGAAGAUCCAGGUCGCCACCGAAGAUCUACGGCCGAGAAAGGUAUCACUUUAGGGAUGUAAACUGGUUUUUAUUCAGAUUUGGUUGAGAAAAGAUGAAAAAAGUAGCAAUCGAUUUUUUUAGUUUGAGAAAAAUCUGACGUUUCUUAAGUUCAAUCCUUCUCUCUAUUUUGAAUACCUCGAAAAUGUAUAUUUUGAAGGGCCGAAAAACUGAUUUUUUUAUCGUAUUUAAUUGCAAAAAAAUUGAAUUUUUGUUAGUUUGAGUGGAUUAGACAAUUCAUUUUUUUCCUAACUUGCCGUGGAAAAAUUUUUUUCAUUAAUUUAUCAAGUGACUAUCAAAAAGAGGGAUCAUUUUAGGGUUUGAAAAAAAUAAUUGGAACUAUUUAGAAGCUGUUCCGUGUCUGUAUAAUAUUGAGAAAGGAAACCAGAUUUAGUUGAAUUCAUUGAAUAUUCAAGAAGAAGCUAUUGAUUUUUUUUUGUUUGAAGUUUUUUUGUUUAUUAGAAGGUCUAGUUUAGCUUUUAUUUCAUUUUUUUGAACUGAAAAAAAUGUUUGCUUAUUGUAUCAAGUAAUUAGGAAGACAUUGGAAAUUUCAAACCAAAGAUUGAAAAAAAAUUUUACUUGACUUUCCUGUUGUGGUAGUAAUAUGAGAGGCAAGCAUAAACUAGGAAUUUGUUCGAUGUUGGUUUGUAACUUAUCAUAAGGUUCAAAAAAAUCAAUUAAUUUUUUUGAGAAAAAAAUGGUUCUGAAACGAUUAUUUUUGAAAAAUAGAAUAACUUUCAUCAGUUAGUGAUGAAUCAAUUACAUAUAAGUUAUGAAAAUCUAUAAUUAUUUAAAAAAAAAGAAAUCGGCCCGACGGAAUAUUUCUGACUGAAAGGGCGAAACCUGAUUCUCGAUCUAUUUCUCCGCCGCCCUGACGUCUCCAACUUCUCGACCAGAAUCAACAUUUCCUCAAUUUUCUCAAUCUAAUAGCAGCCGUCGUUUGACUCAGAUCACCGGAACCCCUCUAUUCCGGCCGACGAACGUCUCCGCCGCGAAGAAACCGCGUUCCGACGUCUUCUUCCAAGAUUAGAAUCGCCGACGGCGACGUCACCGACAGCAGAAGAAGAAGAAGAAGAGGAGGCAGAGGAGGAGCAGAGAAGCGAAAGUCGCCGGCCGACGACGACGUCUAUUCCACGUCUUCUGCUGACCGCCCUUCCGCUUCCAACCGACGUCGAGGUGCCUUUUUCCGGCUCUCCGAGUUAUUCAUUAAUUUGAUUCGUGGGCUGAUAAGUUUUGAUAAAAGUGAUAUUGAGAUCUCGUUAUUUAGGUGUCCAGGGGGAAAUUUAACAUUAUUGGCCUUGGAAGAUACAUUUUCAAAGUUUUUAUAUGGCGCAUAAGCUUUGCAUGACCUUAAGAAACACUGGAAACGAUUUUUCAGUUCGAGAAAUUUUUUAAUUGCCCCUUUUUCGGCAUUAUUCGUUGAUUUUUGGUGAUAAAAGUUCGGAUAAAGAUAAAAUGAGGUAUGUUAUCAGGUCAUCACAAGGAAUAGUCAUUUUUGAUCUCCAUCAUUAGGAGUUUUAUUCAUUUGUCCGUGAAUUCUGGGCUUAAAUUUUUUUAGUCAUCUACCAACAGAUAAUUGAAGUUUUUGGGUUUUUUUUUAUAAAUUUAACGUCUCGUGAUCACUGAAGAGACAAAAAAAUUUUGCUCUAGUGGUCACUUACGGCUUUUUUUAGUGAACGAGGUUUGAUUAAAUUUAAUUUUUCGCAUUUUUCCUAAUAUAUUUCCCAUAAAAAAAUUCCUUUAGAAGCGCGUUAUUCUUUAGUUUUAUAAUUUUUAUACCAUUUGGAUAUUUUUUUGUAUAGAUCUAGAAAAAGGUAUUUAGCUUUUUAUAAGUUUUUUUAUCGGUUUCUUUCAAGUUGCUCCGUUUGGGAUAUUUCCUAGUUCUAAUUUUCAUUGGAAAAAAAUUAUUCGUAUUCAAAGUUUGUUCCGUUCAUUUUAUUUGUCCAUUCGUUUUACACCUAGAGAUUUCACAUUUUUUUCAAAUGAAAAAAAUGAAAUAUUUAGAUGAACCGAAGAGAAGACGGACAACACUGCGAACUUUGCGCCUGGAAGACCUGAUGCAGGUGGAAGAUGUCAGCGAUUGCGAGGAUUCUGGGCCCGUUGUGUGAGUUUCGGAAAACGUUUAUUACAGGUCUUUGAUCAAAAAUCAACUCAGGAAAGUUGUAAUUUUUUUCAAAAAGUCGUUAAUUUCAAUGCACAGGAUUUUUUUAACCGAAGAAAAUUAGAAAAAAAGAAAUUUUUUUCGAGGUGAGGAAAAAUACCUCAAUCUCGGCCUUCAUCCCUUAUGAAUGUCGAACGAAACUUGAUUUUUUUACCCAGUUUAAGGGCUAUCAAAGUUAGAAAAAAAAAAAAAAAUUUGAAAGCUUUAGAGAUAAUACAAUAAAAAAAAUAAAAACUUUCAGGGAGCUGAACGAGCAGCAAAAAGUCUCCAAGACUUGGCCGCCACUGAACUUUAUCUCGCAGAAUCGGAUGCGAUGGCGAAAAGAAGAGACCAGGAACUCGCGGCGGCGAUCGAAGCCAGCGGCGAUGAGGAGGCCAAGGAGUUCUUGAAAAAGUAAAAAUUAAUACAUUUCAAAAAACGAAUGAAAUUUGGAAAAGAAAGGAUGGAAAAAAAGAAGUUUUCUAGAAAAUCUUUUGUUCUUUACAAGUUUCGCUCUUGAAAAUGAUUAAUAAAAAUACUAGUUUAAACAGACGAAAGUCAGUAAUUCAUGCCGUGUUCAAAGUGAUCCCGCGAAAUGCAAAAUGGCCGCUAGAGAAAGAAGAAUACAACUAAAUUUUAGAGAGUCAGAGAUCAUUUUGCAUUUCGCGGAAAUUACUUUGAACACGGCAUUAACAUUUUCGAAAAAGGAUAAUUUUUCAAACCGUUGAAAAGGGAAAAAGUAAAAAAUCCGGAAAAAAACUUUCCAGUAAAUCCUGAACGAUUAUUUUUCAACCCCAGAUUCUGAUUAAAAUGGCUCUGAAGUCUUGAGAAUGCUAAUAAAAGUUGUUUUUUAUAACUCGAAUUUUCUCUGAAAAAUUCUAAUUAUUUUGUUUUUCCGAUGUUUCAUCAGUACUUAAAGAAAAGAGAAUGUGAAACUUAUAAUAAUUUUUUUUUAAAAAGCUUCAUCUCUUUUUUUCCUGAUUCUGAGCGGCUUUUUUUGAUCAAAUUUUUUUGCAUUUGUAGUUUAGAAAUAUUCAAUUGUUCUGGAAAAAAAGUAAAUUUAAAUUGAGGCUUUAAAAAAAUCAUUCUUUUUUUAUUCAAUAUUGUUGUUUCACAUCCGUCAAAUCGAUAAAAUUUUACUAAAUUGAGAUAAAAAAAGGGUUAAUAACAGAAUAAGUUAGAAGUGUCCAUUUUUUUUUGCAUUUCAAUUUUUUUUUCAAAUAAUUUCUUAUCACUAAACACCUUAAUUGUUAUAAAUGUUCAUAAUUCCAUUUUCAGGCUGAAGCUGUACGAAACGACCUAUUACCAUCUGGACGAGCAGAAAAGAGCGCUCUACAGCGAGUUUGUCGAGCGGCCGCAGUCGAUAAUCGCCAAGAUUUGGCUGAAAAGAGAAGAAAAAGUCGAGGAAAAAGCUCCGGAUGAGCUGGAAGAAGGAGAAUGUGUUUCUGAAAAGGAAAAACCCAAGGAAAAAUUCCCUCAGUAUCUGAUCCAGAUGAAGAGGAGGAGCGAGAAGGCUUAUAUCAAGUAAGAAUUCUGAAAAAUCUUCGAAAAAUCGUAGAUUUGGGUAUUUUGAGCUUUCUAGGUUCUUUCGAAUAAUUAGGACAUCUUCAGGAAAAGUGGAGUUAAAAAAAAAGAAAUAAUCCAAUUAUUUCGGUUUUUUUCAAUUGAGAAACUGGUUUCCUGAUAUCCCUAACAUCACCAAAGAUUCUCAUAACGCUAUAUAUUUUUUAGAAUUAUUUUAGAAAGGUCGUGAAUUGAAAAGUUCCGUUUUCAGGAGCAAAAAGUCGAACAAAAAAGAAGAUCUCGCUCUUUACAAAAAGCUCCAAAAUGAAUAUCGUCUCGGUGUACAGAGGUACCGCAUCAGCCAGGGAGAAGAGCCGAAAAAGAGGAAAAUCGCAGGUGAACGAGAAAACAGAACGUCUGGCCUUUCUUAGAUCCUAACAUAGUGGCUUCUUAAGUGUCCUCUCCAUAUAGUUCUUGAGGGACCUCUUAAGAGACCACUAGAGUUACUCCCAGAACGGCAAAAAAAAAGCCGUAAAAAGGUCAUGUUAGCCCUAAAGAAAAAAUGUCACUUUUAAUUUUACGAGUGACACCAACCAAGUGGAAGCGUGGCUCCUCACCGUUUCUGAGUACUUUUUUAUGAUAUUUUUCCCAAAUUUUUCAUUAAUUAAGGUUAAAAAAAAAAAAAUGUAGUUGUUUUAUGUGUGGAGAACGCUAAGCUCGAUUUUUCUUCUUGCAGAUAUAUUUUUGAACUCGAAAACUUUUUUUCGAAGUUUAAACUCUUUCAACUGCAAGUUUACAGCUUCUGAACCUUCUGAAGCGGUGGAAAAACCUCAAGAACUCGAGGUUUUGAAGGAAAUCGUCGAAGAAACGUCAAAAAUGAUUCCGGAAGGCAUCGAAGAUCCGUAUAAAACGGCCGCUGAAAACCUCGCGAUUGAUGAAAUUGAGCAAGAAGACGAGAAGAAUGAAGAAAAUCAAGCUUUGACGGUAAUUAGUGAGAUUGAAAAUGAAAUAAUGAUGGAAAUUUUGAGCAAUCGAAACUUUUGGACAAUGUUCAGAAUGGCCAUGGAGACGUUUCUUACGAUGAUGUUGGUGGUUUUUUCGUUUUGAGAACUUGCAAAGUUUAUAUUGUGUUUUUUUGAAGGAUUUGUCAUUAUAUUCCCAAAAAACAGGGAAAUCAUAAGUUCCAAGAGGAGAGAUUAGCGGCGCUUGAAGAGACAGCAGAGAAAACGAGAAACUCUGUCUCUCUGGCCUCUCUUUCGACCGUUUUGAUCUCUUGAUUAUGCCCUUUUUGCUUAUGAAAAAACAUCGAACAUCCUUAGGGGGCCUUGAAGGUUACUCCUAUAGCGACCACUUUGCCUCCCCCUAUAAGGACCACUGAAGCUUGCAAAAAUGACCGGAGAGAUUUUUUUACCCCUAUGAGAAGAAGCGAAAAAAACUCAAAAAGUUUGCGUUAUUUAAAUAAAAAAAGGUCAAUUUUGUCUUUUUUAACUUUCAAAUCUCUACGAAAAGUUUAAAAACCCCUAUAGGGACCACCUAAAUUUUAUCCCUAUAGAGAGCACUUUUUUUCUCCCCUUCCUAAUUUUUUUGCUAAUUUUUUUUUGAAAAGCUUAAAAAUCUUGUAAAGAUGUUAUGGAUUUUCAUAAGUUUCCUUGAUGAAUUUUUUUUCUUCAAGAAAAUUUCGAAAAAUUAAAUAUUUUUAGAAACUCCUGAUCGUCGAAGAGGCUAUGGAAACUGAAGCACAUCCAGUAGAGGUUUGAUUUGAAAGAAUUUUUUUAGAAAAUGAAAUUCAAAAUUUAGGAAGAACCUGCCGCUGUAGCAGAAACUGUGGAAAAUGAGGUCUUUAAAAAGAAAAAAAAAAUUGAGUUCUAUGAAUUUGUUUAGAAUCAACAAAUGGAAACUGAAGAGAAGGAAGAAGAAAAGGUGGAAAAAGGCGAGGAGAUUGAAGAGAAGUUGGAAGAAAACGUAAUCUUGGAGUUUAGAGAAAUUUAGGGUGGAAAAAAAGUGAGGAAAGUUGUAAAUCUUUGGAAAAUUUCAAAAAAACGAAAGAUGUAAAAUUAAUUUUUUUGUCAAGGUUUUUUUCAACAAUCCUAGAGCUAGAUUUGUAUACCGAAAAAAAGAAAAAAAUGAGACAAAAAAAUGGUGAUAAGAAAAAAAUAGCCUUGACGUUUUUUUGACUUCAGCGCUCCGUUGACAAUUUUUUUCUUCCAUUUCUGGAAAAACUUUUUGGAAUUUUUCGAAAUCAAACUUGCCCCGAAUUCCUUUGAUACCCAACAUUCAUCCAAAAAAACUCAAACAAAAAUGAUAAUUGAAGUUUUUUUAAAAAUUAAAGAAAAAAAUUCAGUCACCAAUACCUUGAGAUUUUUUUGAUGAGAAUUUUUGAUCCGAUCCAGCGAAAUAGUGUAUCAAAAAGGAGAGGUAGGGAAUUUAUUGUUUCAAAAAUUUUUGAGGAAUGCAAAUAGUUUUUGAGAUUUGUGUAAUUUUUGGUUUGAAAGGAAAAUCCGAAAUCCUGUUCCGUUUUUCGUUUUUUUGGUUUUUUUAAGUAAAACUAUUUCAUUUUUUUCAGAUGGAAACCGGCGUGGAAAUGGUUGAAGAAGCUGAGAGAAUCGUUGAGGAUCCUGUAGAAAAAUAGGGUUCAUUAUUUUUUUUUUAAGCUUUGUGAAGAAGGAACUUAUUCUUUCAACAAAAUAAUCAAUUUAAAAUUUAACAAUAUUCCUUUUCUAUGCAUUGCCUUUCUAUUAACUUGGAAAAUACAGUUCACCUUUAAAAUUCCUUGGAAAAGGUGAAGUCAGUUAACUGCAAAAUGUCGAAAAUGGAAAUUGAUUAAAUUUUUUCAGACCUCGCCAAUAAUGAGAGUUGAUGAGGUGGAGGGCGAAGAAACCGGUCAGGAUGAAUAUUUGGUCGGUUUUUAGUGAUAUUACUGUUUCAGUGUUUGUUCUUAUUGUCUUUGUGUUGUUUUUUUUUUGUUUCUUUCGGGUUUUUUUCGUGGUUUCAAUGAGAAAUAAACAGCUAGAAGGAGUAAUGAACGCACUUUUUAGGAAAAAAAGGUUUUUUUUGGGCUUUUUUUCGUUUUCAAAGUGCUGACACGAGCUCUAAAUUUGACUUUUCCGAAUUUUUGUGUCAAAAAAGGGUGUUCAAAAACGUUUAUGGGAAUAUUAGAACUUGAACUUUAUGCUCUUCUUUUUUCUAAGUAGAAAAAAUCGUAAUCUACCGUAGAUAUCGAUUUUUGCAACGAAUAGUCAUUCAAAAUGAACAGAAAAAAAUUAAGACCCAUUUUUCUAGCUUGUUUUCAUGUGCUCUCUUCAUUUUCAUACACUUGUCUCGUUAUUUUUCCGCCCAGCUUUUCUAGUUUUUGUCGAUUUUUAAUUUUUGUUGUCCUUUUUGUCCUCGGUCCGUCCUAUUUGAUGUUUGUCGCAUGAAUUUUGGUUCAUCACAGCUUUCUGAAUCAAAAAAAGCGUUUGAAAGAUGUUUUCUGUUCAAAACUUCUUUCUGGGGUGUUUAAAGGAGCAUAGUCAUAUUUGUAAACUUAUUUCUAAGCGAAUAGCCGUUUUUAGUAGUUUUUAAGGUUCGAGGAAGAUUUCUGCUCUUUUAAACACUCUUAAAAUGAUUUCUGAAGUUUGCUUGCUUUAAUAAAAUUUUUGAGUCAUUUCAUAAGCUUUUCAAAUUUCUAGAAAGUUGUUCCGAUUGGACCAUAUUUGUUGUUGAAUGUUGUUCUGUUCUUUUUGGCGACGAUUUCCAUUUCUUGGCAUUUCUCAUAAUUAUUUCGCUCGUCUUCUUCAGGACCUUGAUGAAGUUGACGGGAGUGAGGACGAAGAAGAAUCGGAUCUCUCUGAUCUUGUGGUUCGUUUUUUUUUUUGAACUAUUUAUUAAUUGUUUGACGCGUGUUGAGUUCUUACAACAUUUCGUCUUUUUUUCAACAGAUAAAAAAAUAAAAUUUUUUUAAUUUUACUGAUAAAAAAAAGAGCUGGUUAAUUUUUGCUUCUGGAAGUUUUUCCCUUGAUUUUUUUAUGUUUAAAGAAAAUUAAAAAAAGAAGUUUUUUUAAUCUUGAAGUUCCUUUUAAUGAUUUUUUUCACUUAUUGAGAUGAAAAAGUGGGAAAUUUUUCUGAAUUUUUAAUUGAGAUUUUCAACAAAAAAAGUAGAUCAAAAUGUGAGAAAUAGGCUUUUUUUCGAAUUUAUUUAGUCUUCUUUUUAUUUUUUUAAAUUUUUUUCAUAAUUUGAAGCCCACUCUGCAGAAAAAAAUUUUAAAUUAUUUUUGAACGGCGAAUCUUCCAAUUUUUUUCAUAUCGUUAAGGAACUUUCCAACAGAGAAGUUUCCAACUUUUUUUCCCUUAUACUUUUUCGGUUUAUAAAACAUCUAUUAAUAUUUUUGUUUCCUUUUUUUGUGUUUUUAAUCAUCAUGAAUCAACUACCUACUUUAAAUAGCAAGAUUUAAAACGAAGAGUUUAUCGAGAAAAAAAGUCGAAAAAAAUUUCGUCGGAAAGCUCCCUAGCGAUAUGAAAAAAAUCGGAAAUAUCGCCGUUCUAAAUUUCGUUGGUUUUUGUUUUCAUACCACCCCAAUUUCAGCCGGUAAAAAGUUCUAUAAUACAAAAAGAGUAUUAUCAUUUUUUUGAGAUCGAGAGAGUUUAGAUGGUUAACGACCAGCUAUAUAAUUGAUCAAAAAGUAGUUUCAAACGCUAAUAAAAGCCUCCAGAAACGCAUGUCUCUCCAGUUUAUUUGAACUUUUGGUCAUACAGCAAAAAAAUUUUUUUAAUAGUUACAAUAAAAAAAUAUUUCGAAAAAAAUACCUUUUAGCAAAAUCCACACAGAAAAAAAUAGGAAAAACUCCAUUUUAAACUCUAAAAGUGCAUAUUCGUGCUUUUUUUGUAACUUAGCGCCAAAAUUCCUUCAAUUCAUAAAUUAUUUUUCGAAUAAUCGAUUAAUAUUCAUGACUUAUGAGAGAAAAAAAUUUAUUUUUUUCAUCCAAUUUGGGUCAAAAUGGCUCCAUAAUACAAAGAAAGUACCAUCUUUUUUUGAGAUCAAACUAGUUUACAUUUUUUUAUUUUUUUGGAGUACGUCCGGCGAUUUAAUCGAUCAAAAGUAGUUUCAAACGCUGAUAAAAGCAUCCAGAAACGUAUGUCUACCGAGUUUUUGAAAACUUUUUAGUACGUCAGCAAAAAAAUAAUGAAUAAAAAGGUUUUUUUGUGAUAUCUAUGGUAAUAAAAAAAUUACUGUAAGAAAUUUGAAAAAAAUACUUUGGCAUGAGUGAAUGAAAAAAAUAGGAAUUUUUUUGACUAAAAGUCGGAAAAAAAGAAAUUUAAAAAAAUAACUUCCUCUUUUUUUCGAGUUUUUUUAGCUCUAAAAAGUACAUAAUCUUGCUUUUUUUCUGUUGAUUUGCCCCAAAACGUAUUCGUUCUAUAUUUUAAAAAACAGAGUAUGACUUGUUUGGCAAAAAAUGAUAGCCAUUAUUCAAUUACGGUGGUAUGAGAAAAAAAAAAGUCAGUGAAUUUUCGAAGGCCGACUUCUCCGAUUUUUCAUAUCGAUUUUUCACCACCAAAUGAGGUACCGAGAAAAAACUUUUUUUUAUCGUAGAGUUGAGGCUUGAAAAUUAUCAAAUAUUUGCUUUUCUCCUUCUUUUGGCUGGGAAAAAGUUUUUUAGUGUUUAUAAUAGCCGGAUCAUUCAAGGCGAUUUUAUUAAAAUAUUAAACAAGGUAAAAAGCAGUAUUCUGAAAAAUUUCAAGCCUAAUUUUCACAUUUUCUACAAAUUUUUUCUCAGUUCUCUAUGAGGUUUAGCAGAUAUUCUCUCUUGUUUUCAAGUUCUCUGACGGGUCUAUAAACCACUAAAGUUUGAACUUGAUCCGCGUACCAGAGUCCGAGUAGUUCCCUAGUUAGUUGAAUAAAUUACGAAUUUUCGAAAUUUCAUAGGGCAAAUUACAAAAAGAAGGAAAAUGAAUUUAUAAAUAAGAGUUUUUUUCAAAACUUUUCCAUUUUUCAGUAGAAUUUUUUUUUUCACUCAGAUAAUAAUUUUUAUUUUCCAGGUACUCGAAGAGGUUGACGGAAUCGAUGCGGAAUAA